AUGGAGGUUGGAGGGGGGAUAUAUGAGGGGGUUCCUGGGCCUGUGGCUUUACAGCGUGAUAUUGCUCCUCCAAUUGACCAAGCGGCAAAGAAAAGGAACAAAAUAAUGCACCAAUUCAUAUCAUCCCAGUUCAUGACAUUUGAAAGCGCAAUCCUUACGAAGUGGACGUGUCUCAUUUUACCUCUUUCGCCAGCUUCGGUCUUCCUCAUAAUCCAUCACUCCACCAUGUUCAGAAAAGAUCUCUUUGUACCCUCAGAGCUCCAAGUCGGCCUGCUUACAGUUCAUAACUUCUACCACAAUGUAAGUAAGAUGCAUCAACCAACAUAUCCAGAGCUCGAAUAUAUACUUAUUGAAGUAAAUGAAAAUCAUAUGCGAUCCAUAAUGAUCAACUUACUGAAAUUUCUAUAA